CACCCCGCUUUGCAGGGUCCGGGGAAAGUGUUUUGGACCCUGGGCGGUGUUAGGUGUAACAGAGUCGAGGCGCAGACAGAUAUGAAGUCCGACUCUCCCGCCGCGUUUGUCGUUUCCGCCCAGGCCAGCACACGAAAGGCCCGAUCCAGAGCGCACGCCUUCCAUGCCCGCAUUGAAGGCCACGCCGGACAAUGGAAAAACAACCUCCCCCCCAGCCAGCAGCGACGGCCACAUAUCCCCGCGAACUCACCAUCAAACCCGUUUCCCACCGAGACUGGGAGGUCUGGCCCAGCGGCGACAACAGUCUUUCCUCCCUCUACUACUGCCACGUGGGCCGCGGCAUAGGCAAGAGCGAACAGCCCAACAUCCUCGUGCAGAGCGGCGGCAUGGGCGGGCCUACAGUCGGCGCAUCGCACCACCGGAGCGUCGGCUCCAUCAUGUGCGGCCUCGGCGCGGACGAAUUAUCCAUGAACUGGUGGGAGCUGCAACCCGCCGGCGGCCCCCGGACAUUUCGCUACGAGUUUGACUGGCAGGGGCGGCAGUAUGCAUUGCAGGGGGCCACAGGGGAGGAUGUCGGCAAGCCUGGACGGUGGAUAUCGUUUGGGUUGCAGCUCAAGGUUGUCGAUGUGGCUGCGGGUAGAAACGUGGCGUUGUCUGCGCCGGUAAAAAGUACCAAAAUGUUUAGCCUUGGGAGGCCGUCGAGGACGCUGAAGUUGGUCGAGGGAUUGGGUGCGGAGUUGGAGGUGUUGAUAUUGCUCGGGGUGCUUUCGUGGGAGAAUCAGAAGGAGAGGUCGCGUGAAGACUGAAACCGCGCGGAUGCUGCUAGACGCGAUGGGGGCAGACGCGCUCGAGGUGUCGUUGGCAGAUAGUCGACUUCCUCGCGUCGUCUUUGGUGUUACUUGUAGCUCCGAGUCGAUGAUAUCAAGUCGUUCUCAAGGUAAUGAUGGGCGCGAGCUUGGUAGACAAGUCACGGGCUUGGGUUGGUGCCCC